GAAUCCCUGCACUGCACACCUCUCGCUCCCAAUAUCCCACCGGUCUCCCUCCGAUAACAUCUAUUCGCCUCCUUCCCUAUCCCCCUGCUCUACUAUUCGAGUUGAGAUCUUUCUCCCCUCCGGCUACUCCUCCGCCCUCCAACCUUGCUCACUCACCUUGCCAGUAGGCUGCACCCCAGCCUGCCUCUCGUUGAAGAGGGAGAUCGAUGGCGAGCAGCGUGGAAGGAGGAGGGGACGCAGGGGAAGGGGAGUGGCUCAAGGUGGCCGAGCUGAAGGCCAUGGCGGAGGCCCAGGACCCGCAUGUCAAGGAGGUGGACAACAUGACGCUGCGGAGGUUCCUGCGCGCGCGCGACCACGACGUGGGCAAGGCCUCGGCGAUGCUGCUCAAGUUCGUGGCGUGGAGGCGGGAGGCCGUGCCGGGCGGCGUCGGCGGCGUGAUGCCGGCCGAUCUGGUGCGGACGGAGCUGUCGCAGGACAAGGCCCGCAUGGGCGGCGUCGACCGCGCCGGCCGCCCCGUCCUGCUCGUCUUCCCCGCCAGGCACUUGUCCGCCGACCGCGACAUGGCGGAGCACAAGCGACUUGUCGUGUACCUGCUGGACAGGAUCAGUGCCAGGAUCCCGCGGGGGCAGGACAAGUUCAUGUGCAUCGUGGACCUCAAGGGGUGGGGGUACCCCAACUCCGACGUGCGCGCCUACAUCGCCGCCAUCGAGAUCAUGCAGGGCUACUACCCGGAGCGGCUGGGCAAGGCGCUCAUGGUCCACGUGCCCUACAUCUUCAUGAAGGCCUGGAAGAUGGUCUACCCCUUCAUCGACACCAACACCAGGGACAAGUUCGUGUUCGUGGACGACAAGAACUUGGAGGAGACUCUGCGGCGGGAGAUGGACGAGAGCCAGGUGCCGGAGAUGUACGGCGGGAAGCUGCCCACUGUCCCCCUCACCGACGAUUAGCUAGCUACAACGUACGAUCGAUCCAUGUACCUAGUACCGAGACAAACAAUGGUCUCCUGUAGAUGUAAUUGGGGGAGAGAUACGCUACUAGCUCGCACCGUCACUGUCUGUUUUGUAGGAUAAUUUCUCAUCAAAUCCGUUUUUUAGAAAGAA